CCCAACACUUUAUUAACCUUUCCGAUUCUGAUAUCAGUUGGUGUGAAGUGAACUUGUGAUUUUUUUUAAAGUGCUAUUUAUUUUUUGAAUUUUUAAAAUGGGUGGACAAACAAAAACACAAAAAGUUGGAGCAUCUGGAUUCACAAAAGAAGAAGAAUUAUUAUUACAAGAUUUUAGUCGUAAUGUUAGCACAAAAUCAUCAGCUUUGUUUUAUGGAAAUGCAUUUAUUGUAUCAGCCAUUCCAAUUUGGCUCUUCUGGAGAAUCCACAAUAUGGACUUACUUUCAAGUGCCGUAUUUUUUGGAAUUGUAACAUGCAUUAGCACUUAUUUGAUGGCUAUGGCAUAUAGAAACACAAAAUUUUCGCUAAAACAUAAAGUUGCUCUUAAACGCGAAGAUGCAGUUACUAGAGAAGUAAUGAGAUCAUUGGCUGAUGAUAAAAAAAUGACAAGAAAGGAAAAGGAUGAACGUGUAUUAUGGAAAAAAAAUGAAGUAGCUGAUUAUGAAGCUACAACAUUUUCAAUAUUUUAUAACAAUGCAUUGUUUUUAACAAUGAUAAUUGGAAUUAGUUUCUUUGUUUUCAAAAAUUCAUCACCCACCUUCAAUUACAUGAUAUCUGUUGGGGCAUCAAGUGGACUAUUAGCUCUACUAUCAACAGGAACAACAUCAUAUAAUUAAGUCUAAAAGUGGAUUAUAUUACAUACUUUAAUUUAUUUACAAUUAAACUUAUGAUUUUGGAAUCAACUAAAAAUGAUUUUAAUGUGAACAAUUUCUCUUUUUGUAAGAAAUUUUUUUGAAAUUACCGGUUAAGUAGAAAUAAAGAUUUGUUUUUUUAUUAAAAAAAAA